AUGGCGGUUCCGAGAGGAGGCAAUGGUUUGAUGGAAGAAGACGAUGUUGAGGAAGAUAACGCUCUUUUUGAGCAAAACGGUGUUGUUGACCACGACUCCGAUCCCGAGAUCCCCUCCUUCCUCGAUGACUUAGCCGCCGCAGCUCAGUCCGGUAACGUCGACCACUUGCGCACAGCCAUUGACAAUUUGAAUGGGGUAGUCGAUGAGCCACUUGAGGAUAAUGACACGGCACUUCACCUGGCGUGUCUAUAUGGUCACCUCCCUUGUGUUCAGCUUCUCCUAGACAGAGGAGCUAAUAUGGAAGUCAAAGAUGAAGAUGAAGCACUUCCUCUACAUGAUGCUUGUGCUGGAGGAUACUUAGAAAUAGUAGAGCUUCUUUUAAGCCGAGCUAGUGAUCCGGAAUGUUUGAAGAGAAUGCUCGAUACAAUCGAUGUAGAAGGUGACACUCCUCUGCAUCACGCAGCAAGAGGUGAACAUGCCGAUGUGAUUAGGUUUUUGCUGGGAUCCGGAGCUUCACCAACGACAAAAAACUCCUAUGGGAAGACACCAGGUGAAUUAGCUGAUAUAAACACUGAUGCUAGGAGGAUCCUCGAAGAUGCGAUAGGCAACUCAACAACCUCUUCGUAA